UUCCCGGACUGUCUUUCCAGUCUUUAUUAGGGUUUUUCCUUUUUCUUUUUCUUUGGAUUAAGUUUUGAACACUUACCCUCCCAAACCUGUCAUCUCUCAUCUUCAUCUCUCUCUCUCUCUCUCUCUCUGUCUGUAACAGAGCAGAACAUCAUUUCUUUUCUUUGGUUUUGGAGUUUGGAUCCAUAACUUGAUGACGACUUCGGUGAGGAACAACUUCUUACCCCCUUCACUGGUUUCUAAUCUUCGAGAGGUUCUAAUUAGCAGAAAGGGCGACGAAGAAGAACCCUCCAAGAAGCCCGAUGAAUCCACUGAAGCUCCUUCUUCAUCUUCUUCUUUGGAUACGGUGGAGGUCACCGAUUGCUCCAAACCCAUUGUUCUGGUUACCAAUGGGGAUGGAAUUGAAUCUCCCGGUCUUCUCUUCCUUGUUGAGGCUCUCGUCCGGGAAGGACAAUGUAGUGUUCACGUCUGUGCUCCUCAAUCGGAUAAAUCUGUUUCGGGUCACUCGGUCACGCUCCGUGAGACGCUUGCUGUAAGUUCUGCUGAAAUUGGCGGGGCCACAGCGUACGAAGUUUCUGGAACUCCUGCGGAUUGUGUCUCUUUAGCCUUGUCGGGUGCAUUGUUUUCUUGGUCAAAGCCAGUGCUGGUCAUCAGCGGAAUUAACAGGGGAUCAAGCUGUGGUCAUCAAAUCUUAUACUCAGGAGCUGUUGCUGGGGCAAGGGAAGCUUUGCUCUAUGGUACAGCAUCUCUUUCGAUAUCAUUGAACUGGAAGACAGAUGAAAGCCGUGAAAAUGAGUUCAAAGAUGCAGUUGAUGUGUGCUUACCAUUGAUACAUGCAGCCAUAAGAGAUAUUGAGAAAGGACUAUUCCCCAAAAGUUGCUUGCUGAAUAUAGAGAUUCCCAUUUCUCCCUUGACAAACAAGGGCUUCAAAGUCACCAGACAGAGCCUAUGGAGGUUCAUUCCAAGUUGGCAAGCUGUGUCAGCGAACAGACAUCCAUCUGGUGGGCAUUUCAUGUCCAAUCAACAGAGUCUUGGCAUCCAGCUUGCUCAGCUCAGCCGAGAUGCAUCUGCAGCUGGUGCAGCACGACGCAUGGGCACACAAAGAAAGAAUGUGGAAAUUGAAUCAGUUGGGGCUGCUGGAAAAUCUGAUUCCCAACGAGUGAAGAAGUAUUUCCGUUUAGAGUUUUUAGAGAGUGAGCAAGAAGAAACAGAUGAUGAUCUUGAUUUCCGAGCAAUUGAAAAUGGCUUUGUUGCGAUUACUCCCCUAUCUUUAUCAUCAAAUGUUGUAUCAGAAACUCAAGCAUCUGCUUGUGAAUGGAUUGCUGCUGUUCUUGCUGGAGACCAAUAAGGCUUGUUGGAUUGACAUGGUUGGUAAUUAGGUGUACAUUUGGAAGUGGGAUUAUUUUCUUUUCCUUUUUAAGUUAUCAAUUUAACUUACAAAUUUGUUCUGAUUUCUGGUGUCCCUUACUUUGCCUCCCUCCCUCUCUGUUCUUUUUAUCUUGCGUGUAUCUGAAGCCCAUGCUUCGCUGUUUACUUACAUGUUGAGUAUGAUGUAACAUCUCCAGUCAGUUGGUCAUUUUUUUUUUCUCCCCAUGAGAAAUGUUUGGUUCAGUUUAAAGCAAGUGUGGUGUUCCUGUUUUAGUCCUGAUGAGGUGAGUUGGUUUGUUUGUAGCUAUGGAUGAAUAGUGUAGCUGGUUCUACAUUUUUCCCUUCCUCCCCCCUCUCCCUAAUAUUGGGCUUUGCUCAAAAGUGCAAUUUUUGUUGACAUUUAUGUUGUAUUUUAUUCAGUUUCUUACUGGAAAGCAAGGAAAUAUUUUAUAUCUGUACUUAAUUUCCCCUUCUAUCUUUUUAAUUCCCCAUGUUUAUUU